AUGGUGCGCGGAGCGGAGGGCGCGGCGCUGAGGGCACGCAAGCUCUACUACUUUCUAGCUUCAUUUCCGUUCGCCCUCACUCUUCUUUCAGCGCCGUUAGGGCCUCUUCUCCAUGGUCCUGUCUGUCAGUGCGGUUUCGGAGCUCUACGGGUGAGACCGGGUCGCCUUUGGACGCGUCGAUCCUCGAGUCUUGGCCUGGCUCCGCGGGCCAGCAUGGCAGGCCAGUUCCGCAGCUACGUGUGGGAUCCGGUGCUGAUCCUGUCUCAGAUCGUCCUCAUGCAGACCGUCUAUUAUGGCUCGCUGGGCCUGUGGCUGGCGCUGGUGGACGCGCUGGUGCGCAGCAGUCCUUCGUUGGACCAGAUGUUCGACUCCGAGAUCCUGGGCUUCUCAACCCCUCCAGGCCGGCUCUCCAUGAUGUCCUUCAUCCUUAACGCCCUUACCUGUGCCCUGGGCUUGCUGUACUUCAUUCGGCGAGGGAAGCAGUGCCUGGAUUUCACUGUCACUGUUCAUUUCUUUCACCUCCUGGGCUGCUGGUUCUACAGCUCCCGGUUCCCCUCGGCGCUGACCUGGUGGCUGGUCCAAGCCGUGUGCAUUGCACUCAUGGCUGUCAUCGGGGAGUACCUGUGUAUGCGGACGGAGCUCAAGGAGAUCCCUCUCAACUCAGCCCCUAAAUCCAAUGUAUAG